AUGUCUAUGUUUUCCAUCAGAAACCUCGGCACAGCCAUCACCAGUACCAUGACCGAAGCCCUUUGCUCCUGGCUACUAGCAGUAGCCUGCGUACUUCUGAUAGCAAACGCGCUGUACUACUCGCUGUUCCAGAACAUUUCCAUCAGCAGCAUCCGGGUUGUAGUCCGCGACUUCCGAGACCAUCGGUACUACCGUCCUUGGGCGCCGAAGCCGAUUAUGAUCCCAGCAAGGAAGAGGAUCAUGACUGAGCUGAGCGAGACCUCAGUCUUAUCUCAGCGAGCUGUCUAUUCGGAUCUUUUCGGGUUCAAACAUACGUUGAACGGCGUAGACCACAACGAGAUCAACACGAGGAAGUCGCGUCUUCUUAGCCGAGUUCUGCAGGUACGAGGUCCGACCGAAUUCGAGAAACUAUACCCGUAUCUUCUUCGCAACUUGAAAGCCAUCUUAGAUGCGGAGCUUUCUUCUGGCAUUACAUCUAUUCGUCUGGCUUUAUUUGGCGAAACCAUCCUCUCACGUCUAAUGGGUGUGUGGUUCUUCGGGGAGAACAUGGCGUCUGACUCGCUCCUUCGAAAUGCCCUUCUGAAUCACCCUCGCCAAAUCAAGGCAUGUUCAGCUGCGUUUCAACUAACUCCAAGAUUCCUUGCACCCCUCGUCCACGCAAUAAUUACCUGGCGCGGAUCGGCAAUGCACUUGAUCCAAGACAGGCUGAUUAACACAAUAACUGCUGGGAUCGACGACUUAGAUGAGAAACCAGAAAUCAAGAAGUUAACGCUCCUUUACCACAUGGUUGACCUAUCUGCGGCAGACCGCAGCUACUGGACCCCCGAGAGACUUUCUCAAUCAAUUCUGGGCCUUUGGCUAGCAGCCUCGCACCAGCCAUGGGUAAACCUACAUGCAAUUCUGGUGGAACUGUGCCUGCGGCCAGAGUGGCAGGAUUUGCUUCGAGACGAGGCCCUGCAGAACCAAAGAAAUCUCGCAAGGAACAUGAAUGAGCUACCACUUUUGGAUAGUUUCAUGCGGGAAACGGCGCGAGUGAAUUCCUUGGACAGAGUCGCCAUCCGCCGCAAGGCCCUGAAGGAUUAUUCAUUCUCAUCUGCGCCCCUCUCCAUUGCGGCCGGUUCAAUCCUAUGCGUAUCCUCGUACGAUGUGGCACGCAAUGAGCACAUAUAUCCGGACCCCGAGCAAUUCGACGGCGGGCGAUUCCUUACUGGGCGAUGCAAGGAUACGUCGAGAAAAUUUACCGAUGUCUCGGAGAAUCACUUGAUUUGGGGCUAUGGAUCUCUCGCUUGUCCAGGAAGACACCAUGCCGCGUUUAUGAUUAAGAUGGUCGUCGUGCAUAUUGUGACCAACUUCACCCUACAAUUGGCAGAUCCUGAGGCACCGAGAUGGUGGACUUGGGAGGACUUUCGCAUGCCCUAUGCGUCGACGCGAGUGCUGUUCAGCAAGAGGACGACAAAAACCGAUGCCAUUUCUUAA